AUGGAACAACGUGUAUUUACCCAGUAUUUUAGAACCGCAUCAUCGUCAAAAAGUCAAAGCCCGCCUGUGAAACGAGUUCGUACGCCGAAACUUCCACAUACACCACAAGGGAGUCCGCGAAAGUCACGUAGUGGUCGACGGCGUUCAAGUUUUACAAAAGUAGGAAUUUCUGCCGACGAAACGACUGAGGAAGACGAUGAAACAACGGCAGCGGAGAUGAGCGAACGUGAAGGCCAGAUUCCGCAUCGAAUGAGCGCAACAAUGACUCGACCUGUUCCUUUUUGCAAGGAAUCUGCGGCUGAACAUGGUCCUCGUGAAAUCACACCAGCCUACUGA